UCCACAUGUCCCAUUUGCCCAUCGCACGAUCGCAAGUUAAUCCGUUAUAACCAUAAUUAAAACCGUUGCUUGGAGAUAGUUACCCUUAACUAGGUGCUCACCACAGAGUGCAUUAGUUAUAUAGCCUCAUGAUGCUCCCUCGUGCGUUGAAACGCCCGCUGCACCCCAGUGUGUCUUCCACUGCACCACUCAGCUCGACUUGUUUCAACAAUAAAACACUUUGCGGUAUAUUCUCAGAGUUCUAUUUGAUGCUGAAUAUUUGAGUAUCCGCUUCAGUGAUAGUUGUUGGGCUUUCUCGCUGCGAUUGACCCCAGUAACGUGCAUCCAGUCUGUGUCGGUAUGGUCAUCCUUCACUUUAAAAAUGGCCCGCAAAAGAGCCGAGCAGAGCGAAGCUUGGAGUUCUUCUUCAAAUUUGGGCCUGAAUCUGCAGCUAUUCCCACCCGAUUAAAGUCCUAAAGCGUUUGCUAUAUGAAUCCUGCUGGCUUGAGUCACCUUGUAUCCCCAGUUACUUCUCGGUUGCAGGGCCAAGCUGCACUUAGUAUGGAUACCUCCCAGUACGUCGGGCUGCUGAUUAAUGGGAUGUUUCCGUAUAAUGACGUUCAUACAAUCCGGGAAGCAAUCUUAUAAGCUCCCGGUGCAGUUUUCCCUUGUCAGUCUUCUCGAAAGAGCAUGCCUGGGCUAGCUUUUAAAUUACCACCAGCCCUUCUAAACCAUCUGAGAUACGGCAUUUAAGAAGAUAGGUGUUCUUUUUGGGCAUCUUUGAGGCAUAUAUUACUCUCCUUUUCUCUAUAUUUUACUCUAUUUUCGUUAGUUGAGGCAAUUUAAGCCGUUACCUGGUGCCAUGUAUUUCAAAAUAUUUACUGUCUUUAGCUACAGCGAUAUUUUCUGACGUCGCAAGUGGCCAAAAGUCGGUUUUCGCCCAUUUUAUUGUAUGAUGGGCCUCCCAGCUUGAAAAAUAAAAUGAUUUCUUAUUUCUAAUGUCACGGAGGUCAGAAAUGCCGCCUAUAUGACAUUGGAUGAAUGGAAGUCCGAUAUCAAACUAGCAAAGAAGGCGGGCAUUGACGGUUUUAUUUUCAAUAUUGCACCGCAAGAUGACUAUACAAACGCCGUAGUGCGGAAGGCGUACGAAGCCGCUAGUGAAUUGGGAGAUUCCACUUUGUUACUGUCAUUCGAUUAUCUUAUUAUCGAGUUGAUCGAUACUUACAAAGCAUACCCUCAUCGACAUUCGAGAGACCAGAUAAUGUCAGCGACUGGCCAUCCGUUAAGAAUUCCACCAACUGCCUCUUCGUACCAUCUUGGACAAGGCUUGGGCACAAGGAAUUAUACAAUUCCCGGACGCUGUCGACGGAGCGUUCAGUUGGGAGGCUUGGCCUGUUGGAGCAAACUCGAAACCACCCAUAAUUCUGACCAAGAGUCGACGAGAACCCUUGAUUGGCUUCAACUAGCAGCGUUAUUUGGUUAUUACAUGGAACGACUACUCCGUAUAGUGAAUCUCAUUAUAUUGAAUGGUGUUCCAAAAGGUGCUGAAUGGCAUGUCCGCUCUCAUCAACAUCAAUCCACACCAAGGGUAGCGGGCUUCUACCUUAUGAUACCGAUCGAUACAAAUCAGGAAAAUCAACCACAAAUACCGCCGAUAGUAAAGACAUCAUCUUUUGCUGGAAAUAGUCCUGCAAUUGGCCAGCCGGUGCUAGAGCCAGGUUUGGUCUCCCAAGUUAAUGUCUUUGUAUCCGUUCUAGCUUUGGAACCCAGAGACGGCAGCAUUCAAAUCGGUAAACCAACCCCUACAAAGCUCAAGGCAAAUGUUGCUGGCGUCAAUCACUUCAACGUCAAUUUUGAUGGCAAGCUCGGCCAUGUGAACAUUGUUGUGUCAACGGCUGGGCGAGAAGUAUCUCGUGCUAAUGGGGUCGAAAUUUCCACCGAACGUUUCGAGGGAAAGGUGGAUUGA